GAUCUUGGAUUCGUUCCUCACCUCACUUUAUAUAUUGUAGCCUGUUAUACACAAUCGAGUCGACUGCUACCGCAAAGCUCGUCUUGCUUCACUUCCGAUGCCUGGACCUCCAUCGGCAACAUGGCGGCGGCAUCUCUCGCGACUCUUGUCCAAGUUUGACGGCGCCAACCCGCGCGUGCUCGUGGCCUUUUGGCUGUUCGGGUUGAUCAACAACAUAUUCUAUGUGAUCAUCCUCACCGCAGCCUUGGACCUCGUCGGUCCCAGCGUACCAAAGGCAACUGUCUUGCUCGCCUGCAUCGUCCCUGGACUGGCCACGAAACUAGUUACUCCCUAUUUCAUCCAUCUGGUCCCGUACUCUUUGCGGGUUGUCAUCUUCGUGGCGUUGUCAACAUGCGGUAUGCUCGCGGUCGCGAUGUCGCCUAGCACGACAGAUGCAGCCAGCAUCUCUAGCAAGAUCGCUGGUAUCGUUCUGGCUAAUAUCAGCUCUGGCGCGGGAGAGAUCAACUUUCUGGCUCUGACACACUAUUAUGGACCGUUCAGCUUGGCAGCCUGGGGCAGCGGCACAGGUGGUGCAGGCCUGCUUGGUGCUGGUCUGUAUGCUCUUGCGACAACCACGUUUGGUUUCAGCGUGCACGCCACACUGGUCGCGAGCACUAUUCUGCCUAUCAUCAUGCUGGGUAGUUACUUUGUUUUGCUCCCACUUGGUCCACUGCGAGCUUCACGGACGGAGGGUGAAUACCUCCGGGUCAAUGAGGACGAGCCAGGCGAUACUGCGACAGGCGACUCUCCAGAAGCUGCUGGCUUGCUCGGUCAUCCGGUCACCAAAUCAGCAUCUCAUGCCAAUAGACAUCCUCAGCAGAGCUGGCUUAGCCAUCGGCUCGCAGAUCUGAACAUCAAAUUGCUGCGUGCUAGAUCGCUGGUGGUGCCAUACAUGCUGCCUCUAUUUCUUGUGUAUCUCGCGGAGUACACGAUCAAUCAAGGCGUCGCACCAACUUUGCUGUUUCCCAUCGCCGAGUCUCCUUUCGAACACUUCCGAGCAUUCUACCCGACAUACGGUGCCAUCUAUCAACUCGGAGUGUUCAUAUCCAGGUCAUCCCUUCCAUUCAUUCGCAUACGGAGUCUUUACGUGCCUACCCUCCUGCAAGUGCUGAACCUUGCCGGCCUCACUCUGCACGCUCUCUGGCCGUUCAUCCCAACCGUAUGGUUUGUCUUCGUCAUCGUCUUCUGGGAGGGACUACUCGGCGGCCUGGUCUAUGUGUCAACCUUCGCCGCGAUUCGUGAGGAUAUUCCGGAAGAAGACCGUGAAUUCUCUCUGGGCGCUGUGAGUGUGAGCGACAGCGCCGGCAUCUUCUUGGCUGGACUGCUAGGUGCGGGCAUGGAGACUACACUUUGCAGUUGGCAGGUACAUCAUGGCAGAAAUUGGUGUCGGAAGCUUUGAUCGAGGCUAGGGAAAUCAGGACCGUCUCGAACACGUCAAUCGCACCCGACAGUACACUGC